AUGUGGCUGAAUUCGUUCAUCCCGGGCAAUUUGUCUCUGCCCAUGCCCUCGAUGAUCACGUCCAGCAAUUCACUACUAGGCCCAUAUACAGCGUACAAUGAAUGCACUCAGUUUGCCGAGAACUGGUCCAAGUUGUGUGAUCUAAAACUCGCGAAAGACCCGUUACUCGGGUUCGGCAUGGUACUACCACCCUGGUUUCUACUUCAAUGGUUGAGGGCAUUACACAAAACUACAACAAGUACGGCAUCUGAUGAGGAUCGAUCAAUCCUGGCACGGAUCAUCCCAACCUACGACACACCGUUAGACCUGCGUACCAACAGUGAGGUUCUGCCUGCGCGGAAGUUCGUCCCCAGAGCAGUCGUAACAAAGAGUUUCGAAACGAGUGAUACGGAAACGAUGAGUUCAUGUGGAUCUAAUGUCGACGUGAUCGCCAGCGGAAAAAUCAGUUUAGGCAAUCCGAUGAACCCAUUGGAACAGGGAACCUGGACAACAUCCACAUGCUCACGACGCUCGAGUUCCAGUGAGAAAUGCCCGAUUCUAUUGGAAAAACUUGCUGCGCCCCAAACCCAACCGAAACGUCUGUAUACGGGGCUGAGGCGCGCACGACGUGUGACACAACUGGCCGGGAGUACAACUCAGACGACGGGAUUGGGGAAACAACCGGUGACCCGGUGUCAUCAGUGCAAAGUCCUAUUCCCGACCCUGAUGGAACUGAAUGCACAUUUCAUGGUGGAACAUGCGUUCGUGUUACGGACCGAAUUGGAACAUACCAAAUCGUGGAAGUCACACGCGGUGGAGACAAUGUGCUUUCUGGUAAGACAUUAA